AUGCCGACUGAGUGUGUAUCGCAUACCACACCGCACUUGGUUAAUGGAGGUGCUGUAGAAAAUUCACCCAAUUGUUCUAAUUCGAAAGAGAGGGUUAGCCUUCCUCGUGCUCCAAUUGAAUUAGGAAGACAGAAGGUGAGGCCUUUAUUGUGUGGAAGCAAGUGCAAGUUUUUGAAAGGACUCCCGCUAAACGCGACACUCCAUUCACUGCCUAAACAAAUACUUGAUCACAGUCAUUAUGGUCAAGAAGGCCUGUUUAUGGACGAAAUCGGUCCAAGGCAAGCUAAAGUGCAAUCCUGUGAUUGUCGAUGCAAACCAAUGCGUCCAUCAAAUCUAUUUUUACAAAUGAUCCUUUUAAAUGUCGACCACAGAGAUUUAUCAAGUCGGCAAUUAAUAGUAACUGUGAAUAAUCGCACACAAAGCAUGCAUUUUCCUCCACGGCUGGAGGGCUGCGCAUCUCAGGAGCGUGGGUGUAUAAGAGAACGAGUAGAAUCCUAUGCCUUUGCAAACACUGAUUUUUACACUGGUGAAGAACUCCUAUUUACGAUUCAUUUUGGCUGGAGAAAUGACUGUCUAGUUAAAUCAAACCAGACAAUGAACUUGUCAGCUAUGAAUCUAGAUUGUUUAUCAAGCCCUCCUCAUAAUUCCAACUCACUUUCUCAGAUAUGCAAUUACCUUGCCUUACAGGAGUUGAAUAAUCAAGACUUCCUAUUCAUUCUCUCUUACCUAUUUCGGUUUAGCACAUUUAUAUGCUUAAAAAAUAUUUCCUACAAAAUACUGACUCCUCUACUUGAAGACGGGGCUGUUAAUGUGCAGUUAGUUGACCACGAUGUUCGUAGUUGUCUUGUCCCGAAAAAAAACCAUUAA